GAGAAGUUUGGAAUCCCUCAGCAUCCUGGUCACCACAGAAUGGGAAACACAAAUAGUGCUAAACCGCCGAUCUCAUCAACAGUCCCUACACCAAAGUCUGUAGGAGGUAUGAUCCAGGACCUUCAGGAAGACAUCAAAUGUUCCAUCUGUUUGGAGUCUUUCAUUAAUCCUGUCUCCAUAGAUUGUGGGCAUAAUUUCUGUCAAGACUGUCUGUUUAUCCACUUGAAUAAUUCUCCACAGUCUGAGUACAAUUGCCCUGAAUGCCGCCAUCUCUGCCGCCCUGAACGCAUGAAACCAGAUGCACGGCUGAAGAGUUUGGUGGAAAAAAUUUCACAUUUUCCUCACCUGGAAGAGGUCAACAAGAAAAUGCCAACAGCUUCAGUGGUAUUGGGGAAGCCAGUUCAGCUGGUAGGUUUGGAUGAAAAUGGGGAUCUUUACUUGGAUGCGGAGGCCCUGAGUACCUGCUUAGAGCAGGAAGAGGUGAAAGAUACUCCUGUCUGCUUAAUUUCCAUCAUUGGGGAACAGCGACAGGGCAAAUCCUUCUUGCUCAAUUUCCUCCUGCGGAGAUUUAAAAAUCUGGCUGUUACAGAUGACUCUUGGAUGGGUCAAGAAGAUGAGCCAUUGACAGGUUUUGAAUGGCAUCCAGGAACUAAGAGCAUCACAAAAGGGAUCUGGAUAUGGAAUCAGCCAUUUUUGGUCUCUGAUGAAAAUGGAAAGGUAGCUUUGUUCUUGAUUGACACCGAAGGCUCAAUGGAUAUAGAGAGAAGCAAGGACAAUGGUGUCAAGUUUUCAGCUUUCUCUAUGCUGCUUAGCUCCUAUCAGAUUCUCAAUUUAUCCCACAGACUGAAGGACCCAGACCUGGAAUACAUGGAAAUGUUUUUAUACAUAGCAAAGACUGUGGGCCAUCAAUUCAAGCUGAAGCCUGUUCAGCAUCUUGAUGUCUUGGUUCGUGACUGGUUCUACCCCCCCACCUAUGGAUUCCAGGGGGGACAAGAUUAUCUCCAGGACACUAUUCAGAAGCUGGAGGGUCAACCCAACCGGCAUCCACGAGCCCUGCAAACAUUCAAAAGCACCGACACUUCUUGUUACCUGAUGCCCUUCCCUGGCAAGACAUUGGUGAUGGGAAAUGAAGGCACCAUAGCAGGUAUGGAUGAGGAUUUUAGAGAAUUCCUGAAGGAUUAUGGGAAUCAUGUUGCCAGAUCAGCUGGAAUGCAUGUACAGAGAAAUCAGGAGAGCAAACCUCUCACCGGGACAGAACUUGCUGAUAAGAUAAAGGAUUUGACAGAACUCAUGAAACAAUAUCACACUGGUUUUUCCUCACCCGUAGAGAUGGCCUAUACCUUCAACCAGAACAACAAUAAAAUGUUCCAGAAGAAAUUUAAAAAGUUCAUUCAAAAGCAGGAAAAAUUCUCACGCUCAGUGUGGGCAAGCCUACGAGUGCCCCCAAAUUCGAUGACUAGGCGCUUAAAGGAGAAGCAAGAGAAGCUGCUCCAACAGUUCCGAGAUUCAUUUCAGGGUGACGAGCCACAUCGGACCGAAUUUUUAUUAUGUCUGGAGUCAUACCUCAAGUGUGAAGCUAAUGAUUUCAUGGAAGAUUACAACCGUCGUUUCAAAUCCAGUGCGAUCAAAGCUGGGGUAGCCAUUGGGGUAGGUGCUGUGGGGUUAGCUGGUGGGGCUGUUGGAGCUGGUAUAGCAGCAGCCUUGUUGGCAGGAGAAGCCAUUGUGCUGGGCACUGGUGCUACUUUUGCGAUUGGGACUGUGGCCGGGGCAGGCACAUUUGGACUUGUGGGAGGAGGAGUGGGAGCUGGUGUGGGGAGCCACUUAGGGAAUGCUAAGAGCAACAAAGCCAAGAAUGAGGCUAAAGAUGAUAAUAAGACUGAAGAAGAAAAAGAAGAAGAGGAGAAUGUGUCAGAUGAGAAGAGUCUUAUUAGCUGAUUAGGUGCAUCUUAAGAAUUGGAGCCCCUACUUCCUUCACCAAAGAACAAAUACCUGUUAUAAAGAUAUAAAUCCCAGGAGUCUAGUCUCAUGUUCACUCCUUUGUCCCAAGAACUAUGAAGAAUUAGUCACUUCCAUUCUGGGAUAGUUAUAAAAUAGCAUAGUUCCAGCACAAAGAUUUGGACUUGCUAGUGUCAAUAAAAGAC